AUGCCUCUAUACGACAUCGAACAUAUAUCCCCUCUCCCCUUCGCCACACAGGAACAACUAGCUAUCGCCCUAACAAACCUACACGCCACACGAUUCAACACACCCCGAUGCUUCGUAAACGUCCGAUUCACAGACGUCAGCUCCCAAAUCGUCUUCCGAGGCGGAAAACUGCGCCGAUAUAAUCGGGUCAUUAUCCGAACACGUGCAGGGUCGAAUCGAACCAACGAGAUCUACGUCGAGCACUGUAAAGCAGUAGUUGCGGAAUGGGAGCAGAUUGUGGGCAAGAAUGCCGAAAGAGGGUUGAGGACGGUUUGGGUUAUGGGGGCUUUGACGACGGCUUUGGAGGCUGGGAUUGCGAGGCCGAAAACUGGAGAGGAGGAAGAGUGGCUGGUUGCCAACAGAACUACAUUCGAAAAGUUGGCUGAGGAAGGAGACGAGGACUUUAUUGAAUUACUUGCAGAGUUAGAUGGGGAGUGA